AUGAGGACAACCUCAACCACCAACACCAUGUGUGGCAGCUACUACGGAAACUACUAUGGAGGCCUGGGCUGUGGCUACAGAGGCCUGGGCUGUGGCUACAGAGGCCUGGGCUAUGGCUACGGUGGCCUGGGCUAUGGCUAUGGUGGCCUGGGCUAUGGCUAUGGUGGCCUGGGCUGUGGCUAUGGCUCCUGCUAUGGCUGUGGCUACCGCAGACUGGGCUGUGGCUACGGCUGUGGAUAUGGUUCUGGCUAUGGAUGUGGCUCUGGCUUUGGCUACUACUAUUGA